AUCGGAAAAUAUUCUGUUUGUGACAAGUACGGUUGUAUUAUAAAAAGAAGAAGCAGAGAACUUGUACUUGAAAACCUCGGUUGGACGUUACUCAUUCGACGCGUCGUACGACAAUUUCAAAUCGACCGCGUUACGCGCUGGUGCUUAGUUGCGGAUUGGGCGUUAAAUUUUAAUUGAAUUUUAAUUUGCGAUCUUUUAUGAGUUUUUCGCGUUAAUUGAGUACAAUGAUGAAGUGGCCAACCGAAUGCUGCUUUUGUGGAAUUAUCUAAAUUUGCCUUAACGCAAUAUUUACGGCUCGAUUAUUGUGCUUGCGCUUAAAACAAAAGUGCUGAAAAUUUAAAUUUGAAACAGCCAACAUCACGGCACUUACUACAUGAAUACAUGAAAAUGAAUUUUACACCACCUAAGCACUAAACAAGAUGUUGUCCCACGCACUUUGGCGGCCGCAACCGGCAACGGUUGCCAUUGCUGGGAGCACUUUUGCCACCGCUUCAACAUCCGACGAAAUGUUGCUGCUCGAUAACGAUAUCAUCGUAAGUCAAGCGUACUACUCCAAUUCGCCGCUCUUUGCCUUUGACUCAUCCUCGUUGGGCGACCUGCAGCAGCUGCUGCAGAGCGAGGCAUUCAAGCAGAAUAUGUCACUGACAUUGAAUAUCUCAACGGAGAACCUGACUGAUCUGCUAAAUACUGCACAGCUCAAUCAGACCAGGGAGUUGCCGCAACAGCAGCUCCCUAUGUCUGCGUUGAUUACGCUCACCGUGUUCUAUGCCAUCAUUUUCGUUGCUGGUGUGCUGGGUAAUCUCAUCACAUGCAUUGUUAUAUCGCGGAAUAAAUUUAUGCACACCGCGACCAAUUUCUAUCUCUUCAACCUGGCGGUGUCGGAUUUGAUGUUGCUACUGUCUGGGGCACCUCAAGACGUUUACAGUUAUUGGUACCCGAAUGCCUUCCCAUUUGGCGAUGCAAUUUGCAUACUUGGUAGUGUUUUAGCGGAGACAGCCACCAAUGCGACCGUGCUAACAAUAACGGCAUUUACCGUUGAGCGCUACAUAGCGAUAUGUCAUCCCUUUCGACAGCACACCAUGUCGAAGCUCUCGCGCGCCAUCAAGUUCAUCUUCGCCAUUUGGGUGGCGGCGCUGCUGCUCGCCCUGCCGCAAGCGAUGCAAUUCUCCGUCGUCUCUGAGCAAGGCGGCACCUCGUGCACGAUUGGCAAUCAUUUUGUCGAGCAUGUUUUCGCCGUUUCGGGGUUUAUCUUCUUUGGCGGUCCCAUGACGGCGAUUUGUGUUCUCUACGUACUGAUUGGCAUAAAAUUGAAGCGAAGUCGCUUGCUACAGGCAGUGCCGAGACGUAGUCUGGAUGUGCAUCGUGGAAUCAGCGCACAAAGUCGUGUGAUCAGAAUGUUGAUUGCCGUCGCCGUGGCCUUCUUCCUUUGCUGGGCGCCCUUCCACGCACAACGCUUGAUGGCUGUGUAUGGCAGCAGCGCGAACAUUGAUUCGCAACUGUUCAAAGAUGUCUUCGAAGCUGUCGACCUCACAUCCGGUGUGCUGUAUUACCUAUCGACCUGCAUCAAUCCGUUGCUGUACAACAUCAUGAGUCACAAAUUUCGUGAUGCUUUCAAGGUAACUUUAGCUCGUCAAUUUGGAUUUCCCGGCCGCUCUCAGAGUCAAAGCCACAACUACAGCGCCCUGCUGCGACAGAAUGGCUCCAUGCGUCUACAUACAACGGUGAAUAACAAUGCUCUCGAUCAGUACCACUCUUACCGAGUUAUGCAAUUACAUUGUCGUGACCAAAGACAUCAUCUCUCUCUGCAGGACAGCAUCCGAACAACAACAACGACGACAACAAUCAACAGCAGCGGCGGAAUGGGUGGCAACAGCGUUAGUCGUCAUUCAUCGCAUCGUUCACGUUAUACCUCCCUUGGGUCGCAGUCCCCGCUAACAACAACACUCACCAAACGCGAUGAAAUCGUCGCAAAUCAAAUAAAUGGCAUUACUGCAACAACCGCAGCCAAGCAACAACAACAACAGAAGCAACAUCAUCACAUGCUACAAACUCAACUAUCGCAACGCUCCAAUGGCACCGAUAGCAAUAUUCUGCUCGACAUGGAGUUGGGCACAGCGCAUAACUUUUGUCACGGUCAUCCGCAGUCUUCAGCCAUAAAUUGCAAUCGAAGUGACAAUUUGCGACGCUCCGUCAUUAGCAAUAGUAUGGUGCAUGCAGCGCGUAAUGCGCGUCCACUCGGCGAUGAUCGCAUGUCGAUUAACUCGCAAGAGUGGGAUAGUGGCGCCAGUCAAUAUGAACUGGGCGACACACUGUGUAUGGGUGAACUUGAGUCCGAACUGGCCAGGCCCGAUACACCGAAUAGUCUGACAAUGGCGCGAAUGGCUGGUGCUCAAUUAGCGCCCACCAUACAGCCGGUGAACUCCAUAGCGGAAUUGGACGUGCAUGGACCGGCACGUACGCGUCUCAAACUUUCGCGAAUAAUCAGUCGACGUGACCAAGACACAUUGUUGGCCAAGUCGAUGCCGCGCGCCGAACUAAUGCGCAGCUCCACUAAUAUGCCUAAUGUGCCUGGCUCACCGUUUACGACCUACGAAAAUGAUAAGAAAAAGCAGGCGCGUAACACAAAUGGCGGACGUCCCCAUAAAACUUUUGACACACUCACCGGCAUUUUUCACUGGCCUGCUCGUAAAAAGCAGCUGAAUGGACGACAUGUUGGUGGUGUGCCGGCUGCCGUUGGCAGUGGUGGGUCGCGACAGAACAGCAUCUCCGCAACUCACACGCACACAAGCUCAACCGGUACACCUACACCGCGUAUGGCACUUAUGCGCAGCAUAUCCUCCGCGUCAUCGGCAAUGCUGGAGUCAACGCUUAAUGUCGAAAUGAUUGGCCAGAAGUUGUGAACGGCAUAGCCUGCCAGCACCUGCACCCACGCACGCUCGUAGCGGCAUUACGCUGCAGCGCUUUAUUCAACACGCGAAAGUUCAGUGAACAUGGCACUUGUCCGGUCACCGAGACCAGAUGGCGACAUGCAGUCAUCCAAGUCCACAUAUACAUGUAUAUAUAGUUGUCUCUUUACUCUCUUCUCACAUAUCCAAAUGCAACGCUUCAACCUCAAACUCACACCAAAUGUCACGUACACGGUUCACAACGAUAUACACGAACUGCCCCGUCUACAUUUCGUCCUCAUCUGCACAGUCGCGUAAAGAAAAAGUGCGAGUUGCCUAAAUCAUCUCAGCAAUCUGUCGCAUCAGCGUGUUAGGCCACUUAUCUCCGCAAUUUGUUGUCACAUCUAACCGAUCCAUUAACGACUCGAAACACAUAUAUUUCCCAAUGUAUGUACAUAUGUAUAGUAUACGUCUUGCCAUUGUAGAUUGUUAGUGUCUUGUCGCGUCGCUGCCAUGCGUCGCAUUUGCUUAAAUACAGCAGUAAAAUAAAUUGUAAGAAAUCCCUAGUCAGACAGUCGUAUCGCUACAAAUGCCAUAACAUUAACUAAAAGCACACCCAAACCCCGCUCUAAGUGCGAUAUAUGUAAAUGACAAUCCUGAGCAACAGAGAAGAACGAAAGUGAAAGACAUUUGACAUUCUCACAAAAUAA